UCAGCGUGGCGGCGUGUUGGCGGCACUUUCGAAUGGAAGAGACGCUACCGAUAUAAAAUGCAAACAACGCCUGCAUCCACAACCAUCCUGACAUUCAUCAAGCAAUAGGUUUGUUCAUGCGAUGAAUGUCAGUACUCACGUUGGAGUAUGCGGGGUUGACCGAAUUCGGAUUAACUGCAGCGUGGCAUGCGCUUGGAAAGUGCCUAGAGUAUAAUAAGACACAUUCGACACAUAAGGACACAUAAGGACAUGUGUUCAUUCGUGAGUGCAGCUGACAUCUUUGAGCAGCAUCUCCUUGUAGGCCAGAGGUGCCUUGUCGACGCAGUGGACGAUGAACGCACAU